AUGUCAAUGAGACUUUGCCACGGAAAGGACGAGAGCCCUAUCCUGAUGACCGGGCAUGAUCCUUGUCGUCCAAGCUGGGAAAUCGAAGUAAACAUCAACAAAGUUCCUGAAGGCGAAAAGGAAGACAGCCGCCCAGUAUAUGCGUAUGCGACGAACCAGAAGGAGGCAGAUGCGGGCAGUAACGUGUGCGGCAGUCUUCACCUCUUCACGCUCAUGCUGCCCUCUCUCAGAAACCACGCCCAAUGCCAAAGGAAAUGA